AUGCCUUCACAAAUUCCUUUACAACUAUCCUCACAAAUAGCUCUGAAAAUAGCUUCUCAAAUACCUUUACAAAUGCUUUCACAACUAUCUUCACAAAUGCCAACAAAUUUUUUCCCACACUUUUCUAACAUUUUCUUACAAAUAUUACUAAAUAUUCUUUUAUACAUACCAUCAAAUAUUACUUCAUAUCUUUAUUUUAUGCCAUUUCUGACUAUGCCUAAUUUAUUACAAAGAUCAAUAAUUUUUUCAAAAUAUGUUCCCAAACUUGAAGAAUUUUUGACCCAAAUAGAUAAAGCUGAAAAUGCAAAUGGUGAAAUUUUAGCAUGUUUAUCAAGCUAUUCAAGUUAA